AUGCGCCCAUUCAUCCGGUUGCGAUCGAGCCUCUACACUCGGCCUAUUGUUAACAGGUGCUUGAGUCUGCCGUCAACACAAUUACGAUGGCUUUCAAUCACAGAAAAGCGCAAUUGCUCGUGCGCUGAUGCCGCCAACGGUCGACCCGAAGCUCCGACAUUACCCCCCAACGAUCAUCGAGCUCUAGGAACAUCCCAAGAGCUUUUCACCUCGUCCAUCUACACCCCUGGCUCCCCACUCUUCCUUCCGAACGGCACGCAUGUCAUCAAUAAGCUCAUAUCCUUCCUUCGCGCCCAAUACUUGCAAUACGGCUUCCGUGAAGUUUUGACCCCGACCAUCUACAAACGAUCCCUCUGGGAGGUAUCAGGCCACUGGCAGAAUUACAAGGAUGACAUGUACGAAGUGACAGGUCGUGGAGCGACGGGGAGACAGAAGGCGAAGUCGAACCACUCGUAUCGUGAGAUGCCAGUGCGCUAUGCCGAUUUUAGCCCACUGCACCGGAAUGAAGUUUCUGGCUCAUUGACUGGGCUCACUCGCGUCCGUCGCUUCCACCAGGACGAUGGCCACAUUUUCUGCCGACCGCAGCAGAUCAAGUCGGAGAUCGCAUCAGCAUUAGGUUUCGUGGACAUGGCAAUGAAGACAUUCGGACUCGGGCCUUACCGAUUGGUGCUUUCCACUCGGCCGGAGACUGAUUUCAUUGGGAGCAUCGAGAUGUGGGACAACGCCGAGGGACAGCUGCGCGAUGCCUUGGACAGCACAGGGCGUGAGUGGGCAUUGAAUGAAGGAGAUGGUGCAUUUUACGGGCCGAAGAUCGACAUCCAGCUUCAGGACCAGGCGGGUAAAUACCAUCAGCUCUCGACCAUUCAGCUUGACAUGAACUUGCCUCGACGAUUUGAGCUUGAAUAUCAGGUUGCUGAAGGUGAGGAAGACUACAACCCAGCAACUCCCGGAGUGGCUACACCUGUCUUGGUGCAUCGCGCUAUCUUUGGUUCACUCGAACGGUUCCUCGCUCUCUUGAUUGAGCAUCACGGUGGCCAUUGGCCCUUCUGGCUAUCCCCUCGCCAAGCCAUCAUUUUGACUGUCAACCAGGAUGAUGCAGUUGUGCGACACGCGCAGGAUGCAGCUGCCAAGUUCUCCGGAUUCCGCGCCUUGGUGAACGAUGGCAAUGCAGCCCCACCGCCGCACAAAGUCUCAGGCAAGAAGAUUCAGCGAGCUAAACAGAUGAAGUAUAACCUGAUCUUCGUCCUCGGACCUCGUGACAUUGCCGGCGGCGGCAUCACACUCGAUCUGACUGGACAAAUGCAAAGCAAGACCGAUGGGGAAGGUCAGGACUUCCAUACACUGAUUCGUGAACGACUUGGAGAAGACGCAUUGCAGAACCCUCGGGCGGUGAAAAUGCAGGUAAAUGAGGUGCAUCAGUUGCUGGUGCAGCUUGAAAAGAGCUUCCUAUGA